GGACCAUAAGGAAGGCUGAGCACCAAAGAAUUGAGGCCUUUGAACUCUGGUGCUGGAGAAGAGUCCUGCGAGUCCGUUGGACUGCAAGGCGAUCAAACCAGUCAAUCCUAGAAGAGAUCAACCCUGACUGCUCUUUAGAAGGCCAGGUCCUGAAGAGGAAACUCAAAUACUUUGGCCACCUAAUAAAAAGGAAGGACUCACUGGAGAAGAGCCUAAUGCUGGGAAAGAUUGAGGGGAAAAGAAGAACGGGACGACAGAGAACGAGGUGGCUGGAUGGAGUCACUGAAGCUGUCGGUGUGAGCUUAAAUGGACUUCAGGGAUGGUAGAAGACAGGAAGGCCUGGAGGAACGUUGUCCAUGGGGUCAUAAUGGGUCAGACACGACUUCGCAACUAACAACAACGAUGCAAAAGAGAUAUAAACAUGGCCCGAGAGCCUAAACUGAGCCAUACCAGGCCUGGUCAGAAGAGGCAGCACACUGGGAGCCUAUAUCCGAGCAACUGUGACCUGGACUAUGAGCUUUACAAAGAUGAUUUGCCAUACAGGAUCUAUGAAUAUCAGAAGAUCCCUCCUCUUAUUGGACACAUUCCUAUCAAGACCAGGAGAAGCCAUCUAGGCGCUGAAAGUAAAACCAGACUGAGCCCACACACAGUCUUAAGAAGCAACAGCAAUCCCACAACAGGACGUACAAAAUUGCGAGCCGAAGAAUUGCACUCCAUCAAAGGGGAAUUAAGCCAGAUCAAAGCACAGGUGGACAACUUGCUGGAAAGCCUCAAUCGGAUGGAUCAACAGCGGGAACACCCCACAGGUGCCAAGGACAGCAAGAGGAAAUUGUUCGCAGGCGUGGACCCUUCCUCCCCAGCAGGAGAACUGAUCAGGAUGAAGGAAAGCGCCAAAAAUGAGGGUCACCCCCCUCAGCAAGAGGUUGACAGCGCAGAGGAGAGCACAGACACCGAAGAAGCCACGGCGGUGAGAAACCACACACCGGAUCCCGAAGGAAGCCAGUAAGGAGGGCUACCUUGCUGGGAUCCCUCGCCAAGCGCUUCCUUUUCUAUGUAUCGCGUUUCCUUCCCAAGGCUUCAGCUUGUGCAGCCUCCGACGUCGCUUCCUUGCAAUCCGUGCUGGUACAGAGGAGACAGGAGUCCAGCUGCAGCAUCGCUGCUGCUCCGUAGCUGGCGGAGAGCUACCUACGUCAACUUACGGGAGGACCUUGGGUGCUGUUGUUAGAGAACAACCUUAAACAUAGGUCCGGGAUGGGAGAAAAGGGGUGGGGUGGGGAG